CCAUCGUCCAUCGUCCAUCGUCCACUCUCAAUUGUCCACUGUCCACUGUCCACCGUCCAUCGUCUACCGUCUAACAUCCACACAAUCUAUCUUCGUACCGGCCGCCACCACCAGAACUUCCAAUCCACACCCCGCGCCCGAAUCAUCUUCCUUCUUACACUUCCUACACUUCCUACACUUCCUACCGUAGCCGUCAUUCCAUACAUAGUUUAUACUACAUUACAAUUGCGGUGGGAAUCAUGGCUGCGCGACCUACUACCCCGGCAUCGCCUAAGAAUGUCAAGAUCAAGUCUCCCACCCCAGGAACACCUCUAUUCGGUUGUGAGCACGUCCAGCUACUUUUGUCCAAUAGCCCGGAUGUUAUGAAUAGUUCUAUACAAUACUACAAGAUGCUUCUGCGUGUCAUCUUUGAUAACACGCCCCUGGUCCCCCAGACUUGCAAGGGCCCGGAUGGCCAGAUUGUUACCUCUCUGACUUCCAACUACCUCUGCCUUCAGUGCUCUACCAUUGUUCCUGAAGAAGAGCGCUCGAAGCAUGGAAACAAGAAGAGCCACCGAUUCUAUGUGGAUUCGCGAAGUGGCGCACUAUUCUGCCAAUUCUGUCAAGACUUCGUAUGGGACCCAACCUUAGAGGAACUGAGAGUAAGAAAGAUAGGUACUGGAUCAUUUUCAAGCCGUAAGAGAAAGCACGAGGAAAUGUUCUCGGACUCGGUGAAAGAUCCCCUGAAGGAUGAUCCUAGAUAUAUAUCCACCAAUACCACCAUCGCCUCAUGUAGGGCGGAUGGGCUUCGGGGUAUUUACAACGCUGGCGCCACGUGCUACCAGAAUGUCGUCCUACAGAGCUUUCUUCACAACCCCCUACUUAGAAAUUUCUACCUCAGCGAUGGACACCAGAGCAGUGAUUGUCAAAUACCUGCCUGUCUCAGCUGCGCGAUGGACGAUAUGUUCCAGGAUUUUUAUGCCCUUGAGAAUACUAACGGUUACACGGCGGCGAAUAUUCUAUCUGGGUUCUGGAUCUCGGAGAAGAAAGCUUUCGAGAAUCUAGUCACAACCAAAGAGCAAGAUGCUCAUGAAUUCUUCCAGUUUCUCGCCGAGGAGCUACAUGAGAGGAACGGCGACGGUAAGAAACCCGAGACAGGCAGCGAACACAGCUGCAACUGCAUCAUCCACCAGACUUUCUACGGAAAGCUUCAGAGUCAGACGACAUGUCAGCAUUGUGGCGGAGUCACAAAUGCGGUGGAAUCGUUUCUGGAUCUGAGCUUAGGCUUGGAGAACCUAUCGCAGAAGAAGGGCAAGAAAGCUGCUAAGACCGCAUCGUUGACCCUGCAAGAGUGUCUUGACGAGGAGUACAUCAAAUUCGACAAGUGUGAAUAUCGCUGUAGGAACUGCAAUUCUUCACAACAGGCUCGACGUGAUCAUAGCAUAAAACUCCUGCCCAACGUUCUGUCCAUACAGCUUAAGAGAUUUGAGUUCAAGCAAGGAAGUCGAGAUCGCGUUGCCUCCAAGAUUAGUACCAAAGUACAAUUUCCACUGCAACUAAACAUGCUUCCCUAUACUACCCGUGGUAGGACGGCAGACGCACGGGACAGUCAGGAACUGAGCCGAUCAUGCACGUACGAUUUACUAAGUGUCGUUGAACAUGUUGGAGAAAUUGACACAGGUCACUACGUGACGUAUUCACGAGUGGGAGAACAAUGGUUUUCAUUCAACGACCACCGUGUCGAACUGGCCAAGAAGUCGGAUGUCCUCGGAAGCCAGGCUUACUUACUAUUCUACAUCAUCCGAUCACUGGCGUAAAGGAUAAUGUUGGAACCCACUUGGGUUUCCAUGGAGAGGCGGGAUCGGACCUGGGCGUUUUUGAAAGCAUUUACAUGGUUUAGGGGGGUUAUGAGAUGUUUUUACGCGUUGCGUUGCUUACUACGUGUACAUUGUGUUGAAUAGAGAAAAACACACAUGCACAUACAUACACACAGAACGAAAGAGAGAAGAAAGAGACAGAGAAAGACGCAUUAAACGAGCAAUCCUAACGAUGAACUCCAGUUUCCAACCUUUUGUGAUGAUAUUGCUAGUUCUGAUUCUAUAUGAAUAAGGGGCGUUAUUGAGCCGGCCCCA